AUGAACUCCUGGAAUCACACAAAUAAACCUGACUUCAUUCUCAUGGGGCUGACAGAUUCCAAGGAGAUCCAGCUGGUCCUCUCUGUGCUGUUUCUCCUGAUAUACCUGGUCACUGUGCUGGGGAACAUAGGCAUGAUGCUGAUCAUUCGUCUAGAUGCCCAGCUUCACACUCCGAUGUAUUUCUUCCUCACCCACCUGUCAUUCCUUGAUCUCAGUUACUCAACUGUCAUCACACCUAAAACCUUAGAGAACCUGGUGACUUCAAACAAGAGCAUUUCCUUCACGGGUUGCUUCACCCAGUUGUACUUUUUUGUCUUGUUUGGUGGUGCUGAAUGUUUUCUUCUUUCCUCCAUGGCCUAUGACCGCUAUGUGGCUAUCUGCAACCCUCUGCACUACCCACUUGUUAUGUCCACAAGACGCUGCCAGGCCCUCCUCACUUGUUCCUAUAUGAUGGGAGCUAUUGAUUCCUCUGUCAAUAUGCUCUGUCUAAGCAGGUUAAAUUUUUGCAGCUCUCAUGUCAUCAAUCACUUUUUCUGUGACACACCUGCAAUUCUAGCACUGUCCUGCACUGACACCUAUGUCAUUGAAAUGAUAAUAAUCAUUGUCUCUGGUUCAACUCUAAUGGUGUCCCUUCUCACCAUAUCAAUGUCUUAUACAUUCAUUCUCUCUGCCAUCUUGAAAAUCAGUUCUACUUCAGGAAAGCAGAAAGCCUUCUCCACUUGUGCCUCUCACCUAGUGGCAGUCACCAUAUUUUAUAGCACUAUGAUCUUCACUUAUUUAAAACCAAAGAAGUCCUACUCUUUGGGAAAGGAUCAAGUGGCAUCUGUUUUCUACACCAUUGUGAUCCCCAUGCUGAACCCACUCAUUUAUAGUCUCAGAAACAAAGAAGUAAAAAGUGCUGUCAGUAGAGUUAUCAAGAAGAGGGAGGACCAUAGGCAGUUAAGAUAA